CAAAGAUGGCUGCACGGAGCGGCGGCGCACGAGAGAGGCUGUCGAAAAUCGCCGACAAACUCUCUCUCCAAGACAUUUUGGAAGCCUUCAACGCCCCUCUGAACGAAGAACAAGCCUGGGCCAUUUGCUUUCAGUGUUUGCAACACUUAAAGAAACACUGGGACGCAGGGAACGCCAUUUAUAUAUAUGGUCUCCCCUCCGUCUAUGUUCACAAAGACGGAACGGUCUCCUGUGAAGCUCCGACAACAGGAAAGCAAAGUACAGAAUGUCAGAUCAUUGAAUCCCUGGGGUUAGUCCUGUUCAGUGCUUUGGACUACGGUUUGCCAGAAAAUGAAGAACAACGCUUGAGCCCUCUCUUGGAAAGUGCCAUUGCUCGCAUGACAGGAAAUGAUGCCGAUAAAAGCUCCAGUGAUGCUGGCCAUGAUGAUGGUUGCCAUAGCGAUGAGGGUAUUGCAGAAGAUGAAGAUGAGGAUGGAGGUCAAGGUCAAAGUGUUACAUUUCAAGAUGUCAUACAGGACUGCAUCAAUCACUUGCACAGUCCGGGAGAGGCUGCCAGUCAUUACAAGGCAGUGUGCAGAGCUCUGCUGGCGGAGGCUCAAGAAUUACUUACCUUUCUCGUCAAUAUAUCUUUAUGUAGAGAGAAAUUAAAAGCUGAAGAUGGAGAAGAAGACUUGGAAGAUCUCCAGAGGGCUGACUGGGCUAGACUGUGGAUGCAAGUAAUGAAGACGCUGAGAAAGGGAGUCAAGUUAAAAGAAGUGGAACAUGUCAACAAGCCGCCAGUGGAGUAUGAACUGACACCGUACGAAAUAUUGAUGGAGGACAUACGAUCUCGGAGAUAUACGCUUAACAAAGUCGCUGCAAAUGGGGCCCUCCCUCCCAAACUAAAGCAAAAUGCCCAUGAAAUAAUCCUGGAUUUUAUCAGAUCAAGACCUCCACUGCACCCGGUUACAAACAGAAAGCUUGCCAAUCCACGCCCUAGGACUCCAGACUUGCAUGAACAGCUGAUUAGCGAAAUUAAAAACCCACCAAAACUCCGAUCUACGCCAUAUGAGGAAGAAGUGGAAACGUCCAGAACAACAGUGUCAGAAUCUGACUGCAGCCCAGCCCCUACACGUAGACUAAUUAAGGCUGAUCUCUCCCUUCUGAUCACUAGUUCUGUAGAGGAUGAAGUAGAUGAUGAAGACAACGACACUGGAUAUGAUGGCAGCGAGAAAAAAUUCUCUAGUCUUAACAGCUCUCAAAUGAUGCCAUGGCAAAAAACAGUUGCUCUAGACCUUGCAGUCCAAUCAGCCAAUGAUGUUCCAGAAAGACGUCACAGUAUCAGUGUAUGCGAGAGCCCCGGGGCCUUGGCUAAGGUACUGCCCCUGGGCCAAGACCUCUCUCCCAUCCCUGCACCCCUCCAGACCAACCAGGACACAAUUGUCCCCAAUCCCAUGGAAUGUCUGUCACUGAGGAUAGAUGAAGUAAUGCACAUCAGGAGUGUGUUGACCAAGGCAGAACUGGAGUGUCUGUACGGGACUGAUAUGGACAUGUAUAACCAGGUGUCCAAGGGGAAGAUCUGCUUCACCUGCAGAGUGACAAAGUUUGGCAUGUUUGGUCCUUGGGGAGUCAAGUGCAAAUUCUGCAAGAGAAAGGUGUGCAACAAAUGCAGUAAAAAGAUGCGUAUUCCCACAGAGCAUUUUGAACACAUCCCUGUGUAUACACUUAGCCCUAGUUCCAGUAGUCCAGAGGAGAAAGAAGAACAGUUUACUACCAGCACUUACUCUCUGCCACCUUCACCAGUUUUGGACAAAAAGAUAUUUGACCACCAUAGCUAUGAAGUACAAAAGGAGAAAAAGUCCACGCUGACACGUAAGGUGACCAUCAUGGACAAAGACAAGGACCAUGAGACACGCCGGUCAACACUGUCCAGAAUCUUUUCAAAUGACAAGGACAAAGAUAAGACCAACCACCACCAUCAUCACGGCAAGAAACACCUGUCGUUAACGAGAAAGUUCUCCAAAGGUAAAGGUGAUGCCUCAAAAUUGCAGGGGCCAAUGAUGGACGUUUGUAGAGACUGUAAAGAAAUGGUGCUCAACGUAAUACGUGCUAGUCGGACAACGCUUUCUGCGACGUCAUCUUCCACGCCCUCUGCACCAAAACCGGCCAACCCGGUAUCACGAAAGCCUUCCAGACAGUUUCACCUCGAUUUGAAGCCAAUCUAUAAAUUUUAGAGUUGGAUGUGGCUGUUACAUGGAAUUCUCUGUGAAAUGCUUGUCAUAUAGAGGUUGCCAGAAGUUUCUUUCUGUGAUGUAGAUUUUGUAUAGGGCUGACCAGCUGGCUUUUAUUAUUCAGGUGCAUUUACAGCCAUAUUAGGUUGACCACUUUUGGAACUACCCACAACAUUGAUCUUAUGAUUAAUAUAAUUGAAAACCUACCAGUGACAGUAAAUGUGUUCACUCAGGGGCUGGCUUCACAAAAAACACAAAAAAACAACUUGUUUUAACUCAAAGACUGAGAUGUUUCGUGUGCCGUGACCCCUGACUACCAACAUGCCUGCUGGGUAGAGUUGGAGACCACCUUUAGGGAAAGGAGGGUUUACAUUUACUGUGCAUGGUUUUAACUGAUGUAUACUGCUCACAGAAAAAGUUUUCACGGAGUUGAGUUGACCCAAUGUGACUUUAAACUCACCUGUAUUAUUCAGAUUGUUUGUCUUCAGAUGAAUAGCCUAGAGUAGAGAGAAACAAAAUGACCUCUUAGGAAAUCAACAUAUUUAGUCUGUGUAACCAUGAUGAUGUAUAUAUAUACCGACAGUUUGUUAUAAUGGCAGUACUAUACAGUGUAACAUACUGUCAUCACUUCAUUAGAUCCCUUUUAAUAUCUGUAUGUUAGCAACUUUUUACAGUAACUGACAAAGAACUGCUUGACAUGAAGCAAAAGAGAUUGAAAACUUGGACAGGUUUCAAAGUAAAACAUAAUAUACACUCAAGUUGUAAUUAAUACAGGUAUUGUGUCUAUGAUGUAAAUGUUUCAUGUAUGUAUGAUUUUUGAUGUGUAUACAGGAAAAAUGUGCUUCCAUAUUAUCUUACAGUGAAAAGCAACAGUGAUGAUGGUUUAUUAUUAUCUAUGAAUUUUUUUAAUCAGUUGGCCUGAAGAGAUGUCGUUCAUAAUAAUAAUACUGUUACUGGAAUGACUGCAUGUAUAAUAAAGUAAGGGUGCUACUCGUAUUCCGUCAAGUUAGUUAGUUAAGAAGACUGCGCUAGCAGGGUAAAUUUUUGGCAAAAAUAGGGCUAGAAAUGUAAAUGUUAAGUAAUAUAUAUAUAUUUUUUUUCCAUCUUUGAGAUAUUCCAAGGCCAUGACCUUUGAUUUUGCAAAUGUUCUACAAGAGAUACAAUUUCUUUUCUUUUCUUUUUUGCUUUGAAUUUGUGUUAUUUGUUAGUAAUAAUGAUAUUCUACGUCAAAGGACGGCUCUUGAAAUUAAAAACACGGCUGUUGAGUUUUGGCUCCUGUUUUACCUAAGAUAUUUGAUUAUGUAAUUAUAUAUUUUUAUAUUCAAUUUGGUUGUGAAGUUUUAUUAGGUAUAUUUCCAUUUAUUUCAUAUCACUAUACUAUAAAAUGGGUAAAAUUAUAUAGCUGUUUUUGGACAAGUUGACUGUACAGCCAAUUUUUGGGGUGUGAAUUUAAGUGACUCACAUUUUAAAUAAUUAAAGCUUCCUUAGGCAAAUGGUACCAGAAGGAUAAGGCAUUUUGCUAUGUAUUUGUCUAAAAAUGUUCCCCUUGUUUUUUUCUUCAAUGAUAAUAGUGUGCAAACUAGUUUGACGACAAAAAAUAAGAAUAUUUUAACACGUUAUAAUACAAUAGCCAAACUUGGUCGUAAUUCACAUUUCAUUUGCUUUAAGUUGGCAAUAAAUUGUCCCAGGUGCAACUUACGAUCCUUAGUAGAUCUUGACUUUUAGAAGAAAAAUUUAGUUUACAUUAUCUCAGUACUGACCUAUAAUAGCCCACUGUAGUGUAGUAGUCAUAGAUCUAAAACAGUAACCGUUUCUCGUCUUAAAAAGGCGCCAUGUUUCAUUGAAAUUGACCACUACUGAUGUAUUGUGGGUAAGAGAAGACUAAAUUUCUGAAUGUUUAGAUCAAGUUUUGGUCGUAAGUUGUUUGUGCAGUGGACCCUUGG